AUGUCUUGCAACAACCAAAAUGUCUUUGUCAACGACACCAAUUCAUUGUCAUCAUCUUUUUCAUUGUUCAACCAUGUUGAACAACAACAAUCAAAUAUCAUCCAAAAUAAAAAUAUUUCUUUGUCUAUGAUGCAUCAAUCAUCCGUUUCAUUUUUAUCUUUUAAUUCAUCAAUGUCAAUUCCUUUAAAUUUAAAUGUUUUGUCCCAAUUACAUUUCCAGUUACCAUUUAAUCACUCAACCAACAACCAUAUUAUUUUCUAUGGCGACGACGAGGAGGAGGAGAAAGAGUAUGUUCAAUUGAACAGCAACACCACAAUCUCAUGUUUUAACCAUGUUGGACAUCAAUUAAUUUCCAUCAACAAUCCAUUACCAAUUAGUGGUUUUCCAUCGUUUUCACACAAUAUUCACUUUAACUCAAGCCAUGUUUUGUUUAUCUCUAAUCAUUCAACAACCAAAAACCAUAUUAUUUUAGAGGAAGAGGAGGACUUCAACAGCAGUCCAAUUUCAUUCUCGUGUUUCAAUGUUAACCAUCAAUCAAAUCUCAUCUUAGAGGAGGAGGAGGUGGAGGAGGAGGAGGAGUCUGUUCAAUUGAACAGCAGAAGCAAUACUAUCCCAGUUUCAUAUUUCAACCAAUCAAUUCCCAUAGAUAAUAAUAAUAUUUCAUUCUUCGAUGACCAUCAACCAUCGAUUCCAUGUUUUAAAUCUAGUGAUAUUUUAACUCAUUCAACAACCAACAACCACAUUCUUGUAGAGGAAGAGUUUGUUCAAUUGAACAACGGCAGCAAAAGCACACAUUCAUUAACAUGUUUAGACCAUGUUAAACAUCAAUCAUCAAAUAAUAAUAAUUCAUCAUCAUUGAUUUCACCUAUUCCAUUUUCAUCUGAUUAUUUUAACUCUUCAAAAACAUCCACAUUAUAUUUAUUAUCAAAUACAAUCAAUUCAACAAGAUCAAAGACAAGCCCAUUUUCAAGAUACUCCAGCAACAUCUCAAGAAUAGAAAACAACAACGCGGUAACAAGCUCUGACAAUUUAAACCAUUUUACUGAUACCUCUUCUUUUAUUUUUAUAGAUACAAAAGUUGACAACUGUUUCGGAACCAACCAUUCAAAUCAUACAACAAUUCAACAACAACAAUCAUCAUCAUUAUCACCAAUCAAUCAUAAUACAAUCCUCACCACAAUCCAUAUUCUCAAUUCAACUCACAGUCAAUAUUCACAAAUCAAUCCCCCAUCUUCAAAUAAUAAUAAUAAUAAUAAUACCAAUGAAUCAGCCUCACCUAUUCACUCAUUUCAAUUGAACAACACCAACAAUUCAAUCUCAUUGUUCAACCAUGUUGAACAUCAAUCAAUUACUAUUAAUAAUAAUAAUAAUAAUAAUUCUUUCCAUCAAUCAACCAUUUUAUUUUAUAAUUCAAGUGAUAUUCAAUGUCAAUCCAAUCAUUCAUUCGUUCCUAACAACAAUAAUUAUUUAUUUUUUAAUUCAUCCAUGCCAACUCCUUUUAAUUUUCAAUUACCAUUAAAUCACUCGACAAUCAACAACCACAUUCUUUUAUAUGUUCAAUCGAACAACAACAAAACAACAAAUUCAAUCCCAUGUUUCGAUCAUCAACCAAUCAUUUCCAUCAAUAAUAAUAAUAAUAAUAAUAUUUCAUUCUACAAUGUCCAUCAAUCAUCGAUUCCAUGUUUUAAUUCAAGUGAUAUUUUAACUCAUUGCCAAUCAAACAAUCUCCUCACCAAUCCAUCCACCCUCCACAUUCAUCUCCAAUCGACCCACAAUCGUCAAACCAUUGGACAAUCUUCUAUUAAUAAUAAUAACAACAAUAAUAACAAUAACAAAAAUACAAAUACAAAUAAUAACAACACAAGACCAACAAAUAAUAAUAAUAAUAACAUCACAACAAAUAAUAAUAAUAAUAAUAACAACAAUUAUUCCUCUUACAAUAACAGCAAUAAUAACAUUAAAUUAAAAAAUACAAAUAACAACAACUCAUCAUCAUCAUUCUCAUGUUUCGACCAUGUUGAAACAUUCAUCUCAGCCAACCAACAAACAAAAAAUAUUAAUAAUAAUUAUAAUUAUAACAACAAUAAUAACAAUAACAAUAAUAAUAACAACAACAAUAAUAAUAAUAAUAUUAACAACAAUAACAUUAAAUUAAAAAAAACAAAAAACAACAACAACAACAACUCAUCAUCAUCGUUCUCAUGUUUCAACCAUGUUGAAUCAUUCAUCUCAACCAACAAACAAACAAAAAAUAUUAAUAAUAAUAACAGCAAUAACAAUAACAAUAAUAACAACAAUAAUAACAUUAAAUUAAAAAAUACAAAUAACAACAACAACAACAAAGCCAACUCAUCAUCAUCAUUCUCAUGUUUUAACCAUGUUGAAACAUUCAUUUCAACCAACAAACAAUCAAAAAAUAUUAAUAAUAACAGCAAUAACAAUAACAAUAAUAAUUACAAAAAUACAAAUACAAACAACAUCAGUAACACAAGACCAACAAAUAAUAAUAACAACAAUUAUUCCUCGAGAUCUUACAUAGACAGACAACCCCUUCAUUGUUCACCAACCAAUAAUAAUCGUGAUAAUAUUACAAUAUUUGCCGAUCACUUCAGCCCAUCCCCAAUCCAUAUUCACCAAUCCAUCCACAAUUCAUAUUCACCAAUCAAUCCAAUCACCACACUCAUUAAUCAAUCAUAUAUUCCUCACCAAUCAAUCCACAAUCCUCAAUCACAAAUCACUCAACAAUCUUCAAAUACUAAAAAUACAAAAAAUAAUUAUACAACAAACAAUAAUACAAAUAAUAAUAAUAGUCCAACAAAAAAUAAUACAAACAACAAUCCAAAUAAUAAUAAUAAUAAUAAUAACAAUUUAUUAUAUAUACCACAAUCCAACUCUUCCUACUCCUUUUUUACCUCUUCAAUGCACAUGCAACCUCCUCAUUGUUCACCAACUUAUAAUAACAUUCCAAUUACAACAAAGAAUAAUCAUAACAACAUUACAAUCUUUACCAAUCACUCCAAUCCACAAUCCUCAUUCACCAAUCAAUCAUUCAUUCGUCACCAAUCCGCUAGUCAGUCGCCCGUCCCAAAUCCUGUGAUCAAGAGUUUCCAACCAACUAUCACCACCAUUCGUAGACCAACAUAA